AUGUUCCAAUACGCAAUGCAAAUGAAUAAAGAGUUGGAUAUGAUGAUGGGAAAGGACAAAAAAGACGAGACCGCUGCACCGCCUUCUGCUGUACCACCUGCUGCUGCAGAGUCUGCUGUGGAACCGGUUGCCAAAAAGCCAGAACCGGCAGUCAAAAAGCCAACGGAUUCGUCCACUAAGUCGCUUCCAUCGCAGAAGGAA